GCCGGGGACUUCCAAGAUUCCAUUGUUUCACAUAUAAGAAAGCCUUUCCCUCCAAUUCGCCACCCAUCUCCUCCGCUCAUUGUUACACGAUGUCUUCAAAUCCGUUUAACCCGUUCCAUCCAGAUAUUCCUUCGAGGAAUCAUGUGGUCCAUGUUUCCCCAUCGAUGCGACCUCCCUUUCCUGAGUGGGCGAAGCGCAAGCUCAAUCAGCUUUACAGUGCCGACAGUGAGGAAUCCUUCAACGCGGCGUUCGAUAACCUUAUCGCUCGCGACGCGAAUGAAUUCUCGAUUGAUGGAAAAGUCCAGGACCGCCCCGAGUUCAAGAGGCGACUUUGGGAGGAAGUCAAAGCCUCGUCGGAUGGCGUGCAAGUCAAGCAGGCAGAGUCUGAUUCGGCUGGCGAGGCAAAAAUUGCCUUCGAAGCUCCUGGCGGAAUCUCUCGUUCACUCCAUUUGAAGAUAAUUGAGGAUCAUACUCUUAUUCCACCUCGUAUUCCACUCUCCGGCAGACCAGGUUUCAUUGACCGACGGCGAGCAGCGAAGGUGGUCCUGACGUAACAUCCUUGUUUGAAGGCGGAUUUGGUUGGGGUGUACGAUGCUAGUCGGCCUGGCUUGUACAGGAAAUUUGUCGACGUUUGACUAGCCUGACUUUCAACGCGGUUCUUAACCCCAAGUACUUAUAUCAUGAUCACGUACUGUAUGAUAUGUACGAUCUAUCCCGCCAACGUGAACAGAAAAUAUUUCAAUCACAUGUAUGUGAACUAGGAUCCAUAUGUGUUACAUGGAAUAAUUUAUACUGCUC